UGAAAAUGGGUUAACAUUGUUUUCAUUCUUAUGGUAGGUUGGACUCAAAUCAACAUUUGAAACGUAGUUACUAGACCUUUAUGUGUAGAGAACUCUAUUAGACAUACUCCCAUUGAAAAGUCAUUCUUAGCUAAACUAUACAGACGUAGGGGGAGUAAGGGACAUAACUGGAUAGCAAACUUAAUUUCCAGUUUCGGACUCAUGUUGCUCGCUAUAGUUAUCUUCCUUUUAGUUCCAGAAAAUGUUUUGUCAGGAACCUUAACUCUGCCUUGCUCUAGUAACGUCCUAUGUGGCCAACCAGUACACCAGCCUGUGAGUCUACGUAUUAUAGGAGGCGGUGAGGCUCCUGUAGGCGCAUGGCCUUGGGUAGUUUUGUUGACUGAAUUAGGCUACGUCUCUUGUGGUGGAGCUAUUCUAAACAACAGAUUUAUUUUAACAGCUACGCACUGUUUCCUUGGAAAAAGCUACGAUCCAAAAAGAUGGCAAGUCAUGGCAGGGAAACAUAAUUUAAAUCGACAUGAUCCUGGUGAACAAACUGUUAAUGUUACCAGGAUUUUCUUGCACAAGAAUUACAACAAUGAGACAGUGGCUAACGACAUCGCUUUGUUGAUGUUGGAACAACCGUUGACAUAUUCUAAUCUCAUAAGUCCCAUUUGUUUACCUACAGAAGACCAAGGAGUCAACACUGGAGAAAACUGUCUUCUAGCUGGCUGGGGGGCAACAAGAGGGACGGCCGAUCAGAUGGUACUAAACCAGGUUAUUCUACCAAUCAUAUCAGACGAUAUUUGCUCACUUUUGGACUGGUAUGGCUCAGAUUUUCUUCCCAAUACAACUUUCUGUGCAGGUUACGAGCAAGGUGGACAAGAUGGAUGUACCGGUGACAGUGGAGGCUCUCUUAUCUGUCGACGAAAUGGUUUAUGGUACAGUCAAGGUAUUCUGAGCUGGGGAUAUGGAUGUGGUGAAUACAAGUAUCCAGGUAUUUACACAGACGUCAGUAAGUAUGGCUCCUGGAUUUAUGACAUCAUACAACAGAAUACUGUCUGUAAUUCUCCAGUUGGCUGACCAUGAGAUCAACAAGAUGUUAUAUUAGUGUGUUUAAUUAAUGAAGUAUUUAAACUUUUGUCAUACUACUGGUGAACUAAUAUAUUUUACUGCUGUUACUAGCUUAUAUAAUUCUACUUAAGAAUAAAUUUAGAUUUAGUAGAUUCUUCACAGCAAAAAACUAACAUCUCUAGUACUGUAGAAAUAUAAGGACAAAUAGCUUGCUUGCUACUUGUAUCAUUUUUAUAAGAAACUACUACUUGCUACUUGUGUAUUAGAUCUGAGCUCUGAUUGGCUAAAUCGAAAUAUUUUUGUUAUGUUUGUAAGCAUACAGAAAAAAAAAGAACACAGACAUUAUAACUAUAUGUAGGUCAAUACAUACAUUUAUUCAAUACAAGAUGUUAACAUACUUACAACAGAUAACACAGCUGAACACACAACAUAAAAAAAACAGGUCAACACACAACUUGACAGCUUACAAAGCUCCACACACAACUUGACAGCUUACACAGUUCCACACACAACAUGACAGUUUACACAGCUCCACACACACCAUGACAGCUUACACAGCUCCACACACAACAUGACAGCUUACACAGCUCCACACAAAACAUGACAGUUUACACAGCUCCACACACAACAUGACAGUUUACACAGCUCCACAAACAACAUGACAGCUUACAAAGCUCCACACACAACAUGACAGCUUACACAGCUCCACACACAACAUGACAGCUUACAUAGCUCCACACACAACUUGACAGUUUACACAGCUCCACACACAACAUGACAGUUUACACAGCUCCACACACAACAUGACAGCUUACAAAGCUCCACACACAACAUGACAGCUUACACAGCUCCACACACAACAUGACAGCUUACAUAGCUCCACACACAACUUGACAGUUUACACAGCUCCACACACAACUUGACAGAUUACACAGAUCCACACACAACAUGACAGUUUACACAGCUCCACAAACAACAUGACAGCUUACAAAGCUCCACACACAACAUGACAGCUUACACAGCUCCACACACAACAUGACAGCUUACAUAGCUCCACACACAACUUGACAGUUUACACAGCUUCACACACAACAUGACAGCUUACACAGCUCCACACACAACUUGACAGAUUACACAGCUCCACACACAACUUGACAGAUUACACAGCUCCACACACAACAUGACAGCUUACACAGCUCCAUACACAACAUGACAGCUUACACAGCUCCACACACAACUUGACAGAUUACACAGCUCCACACACAACAUGACAGCUUACACAGCUCCACACACAACUUGACAGAUUACACAGCUACACACAC